AUGGCUCGCAUUACUUCCGUUCAAAAAUAUUUGCUUCUAACUUUGGCUGCACUGGCAUGCGCCAACGCUCAGUCGGGCUACAACUAUGGAGCUCCUCAUUUUGCAGCUGCCUCAGCGCCGGCGCCUGUCUUUCAUGCUGCUCAAGCUGCGCCAGCACCAGCUGUCUCCAGAUCUUAUGUGCCACCCACUGCGCCCGUUCAGCAACAUUUUGCUGCACCAGCUCCAGCUGCCGCCCCACAAGUUCAUCAUAACGCUGCUGCCUCAGCGCCAGUUCAAAGCUUUGCUGUGGCCGAAUCUCAUCCAGCGCCUGUUAGAACUUAUGUGCCACCCGCACCACAACCGCAACAGCAUGUGGCUGCGCCCGCUCCACAAGUUCAUCAUCAUGUUGCUGCUUCAGCGCCUGUGCAGUCUUAUGCAGCUCCUGCUGUUGCCGAGUCCAUUGGCUCUGGCUUUGAGGCUGCCGCUUCUGCUCCUGCUGCUGCCCAUGCUGGCUACCAGUAUAGAACCGUUAGACGCAAGUUCGUGUCCCAAGCCUUGUUGUUUUGCCUGCUGGCCAUUGGCUGCCUAGCCACACCGCAUAAGUAUCCGCGCCAUCAGCGCGAGUACUACGAUGAGGAGCAUGAGUAUCAUUAUCUGCCGCAUGAGGAGCGCGUCUCUCACUAUCGCAACCAGAAGCACUCUAGCUACCACAAGGAGCCGGAGCACGAGCACGUCUAUCAUCAUCAGCCCAAGCAGCGCGUCGAUCAUUUCCAUCACUACGACAAGCAGCCCGACGUGCAUACCAAGCACAUUCAUUACCAACAGCCGCAGGCGCCAGUAGUGCGCACUGCUGAAGUCUUUACGCCAGUGCGUCAAGUGGUGAGCAGACGUCGUCGUCCUGGCGCCAGAGUUUUGUACGCCAGUGCGCCCAACUCGGUGUUCCACACUCAAAUCAAUUUGCAGUCACAGGACAGCGAGCUCAACUCCGCUGCAGGACUUGUGCUAGAUCCUGCCAAUCAGUUGGCCGCCAAUAAUACGCCAGCUGCUGGCCAGUUGCCAACCAAUGCGCAGCCCAUUAAUUGCCAAUUUCCAGUUGCAGGCAAUCCGCCGCUCAACUGUCGCAACGUGAAUCCAGCACCAGGUGGUGAUCAGUUGCCUGCCAAUGCUUUUGUGCCAAAUAACCAGCAGCCAACUGGCGCUCAACUCCCAGCAAAUGCUUUCGUGCCCAACAACAACAACAACAACAAUGGACCAGGACAACAGCCAGCGCCUGGCGGUGCUCAGCUGCCUGCAAAUGCUUUUGUGCCCAACAACAAUCAACCACAAAAUAAUGGCAAUGGCAACAACAAUUUCAACAACAACAACAAUAACAACAACAAUUUCAACGGCAAUGGCAACAAUCCACCGCAGGGCGCUCAGCUCGGCGCCAAUCAGGGCGUGCCCAAUAAUCAGCAGCAAGGAAAUGGCAAUGGUCAGUUUAACGGCAAUGGUCAGCAACAGACGCAGCAAGGUUUUUUUGAUCCAUCGCUGAAUGCAGGACAAGCUCUGCUGUUUGGCCUGCAAACGCCAGUCAUACCCAUUAUACCCGCUUUGGGUGCGCAGCUGCCUGUGGCAGCGCGUGUGCCACAGAAUCUAUUUAAUCCUGUUUUUGGUGCACAAGCGCCUGCUGCAGCACCAGCUCCAAUUCCAGCUGCGCAAGCGCCCAUUGCUGCGCCAGCUCCAGGCGGCGCGCAGCUGCCCGCCGUCGCUAAUCCUUUGGCCAAUCCUGAGCCUGUGCUGCGCACUGGCUCGCGUCGUCGCAGUGGACGCCAGCGCAAUCGCUCCAACUAUCAAGGUCUCAAUGUGCUGAGCGGUCAUGUCUUUGGACAGCCACAGCUGCAGGGUCCUACACACUCCGCGGGCAAUCAGCAGGAUAUUAACAUAAUCGAUGGCAAUUUCUAUAGAUAUCCCGGGCAGCGCGGUCUAGUUCGCGUGAAUGGCAAUCAACGCAAUAUAUUUCUAAACGGUGAUGAUUACUUGGAUGACUACGAUGAGGUAACCACCACGGGCGUCGCCUUUACAGGCGGUGCUGCUGCUGUGGGCGCUGCCAGCACGCAGAGCUUCAGCGUGGAUCAGCAAGCAGCAGGCUCGGAGCAUGGCUACAGCUACAAGAGUCCCAAGCACAUAAAGUAAGCCAAACGAACGAAUAUACUAUAUAUAUAUCAUAAAUUGUAAAUAAAUUAUAGC